GGGAAGCGGGGGUUAGAAGAAGGAGGUUGGUGCAGCAAAAGUCAUACUCUAAUUUAAUACAUGAAUUAACUCCUUGUUAGAGUCUGGCCUCUGAAAAUUUCUGUCAAGCAUCUUCAACUUCUUUUUUAAAAUUUUAUUUUUAUUUUUAUGGAAUCCUAUUUUGCACCGCCUCCGCCUCCUCCCGCAGUGGCCAGCGCACUCUGAAGCUGUCUAGAGAAGUGUGCACUGUUCGUCUUUCCGGCGCCUCUAUCCCAGCAUCAUACCUUUCCUCAUAAAGCAAUCAAAAUGCGUGAAUGUAUCUCAGUACACGUGGGUCAGGCUGGAGUCCAGAUGGGCAAUGCAUGCUGGGAACUCUACUGUCUGGAGCACGGGAUCCAGCCUGAUGGUCAGAUGCCCAGUGACAAGACCAUUGGAGGAGGAGACGACUCCUUCAACACCUUCUUCAGUGAGACUGGAGCAGGCAAGCAUGUCCCCAGGGCUGUGUUUGUGGAUCUGGAGCCCACUGUCAUUGAUGAGGUGCGCACAGGAACUUACCGCCAACUCUUCCAUCCUGAGCAGUUGAUCACUGGGAAGGAGGAUGCAGCCAACAACUACGCCCGUGGGCAUUACACCAUCGGCAAAGAGAUCAUAGACAUGGUUCUGGACAGGACUCGCAAACUGGCUGACCAGUGCACUGGCCUCCAGGGCUUCCUGGUCUUCCACAGCUUUGGAGGUGGCACCGGUUCCGGUUUCACCUCCCUGUUAAUGGAACGCCUGUCUGUUGACUAUGGCAAGAAGUCCAAGCUUGAGUUCUCCAUCUACCCAGCUCCCCAGGUAUCCACAGCUGUUGUUGAGCCCUACAACGCCAUCCUCACCACCCACACCACCCUGGAACAUUCAGACUGUGCUUUCAUGGUAGACAAUGAGGCUAUCUAUGACAUCUGCCGUAGGAACCUUGAUAUUGAGCGUCCGUCCUAUACUAAUCUUAACAGGUUGAUUGGCCAGAUUGUGUCCUCCAUCACUGCUUCCCUCCGAUUCGAUGGUGCCCUCAAUGUUGAUCUGACAGAGUUCCAGACCAACUUGGUGCCCUAUCCCCGUAUCCACUUCCCUCUGGCCACCUAUGCCCCAGUGAUCUCAGCAGAGAGGGCUUACCAUGAGCAACUAUCUGUGUCUGAGAUCACCAAUGCUUGCUUUGAGCCAUGUAAUCAGAUGGUAAAAUGUGACCCACGUCACGGCAAGUACAUGGCCUGCUGUCUGCUGUAUCGUGGUGACGUUGUGCCCAAAGAUGUUAACGCUGCCAUUGCCACCAUCAAAACAAAACGCUCCAUCCAGUUUGUAGACUGGUGCCCAACUGGUUUCAAGGUUGGUAUCAACUACCAGCCCCCAACUGUGGUACCUGGUGGAGAUCUGGCCAAGGUCCAGAGGGCAGUGUGUAUGCUUAGCAACACCACUGCUAUUGCAGAGGCCUGGGCCCGCCUUGACCACAAGUUUGACCUGAUGUAUGCCAAGCGUGCUUUCGUGCAUUGGUACGUAGGUGAGGGUAUGGAGGAGGGAGAGUUCUCUGAGGCCAGGGAAGACAUGGCUGCCCUGGAGAAAGAUUAUGAGGAGGUGGGUGUCGACUCCAUUGAGGGAGAGGGAGAGGAGGAGGGAGAGGAGUAUUAAAUACCCUGCCAAAUUCACACAUUCCUAUGUGACCCAGAGCUGAGAAUGACUGAAUUGUUUCCACUACACUUUUGGAAAAAGGGUUAAAAAAGGGUUCUUCGACCAUCCCCAUAGGAUAACCCUUUUUGCUUCCAGGUGAAUCAUUUUUGGUUCCAGGUAAAAAAAACAUUUGAGUUCCAAAAGGGUUCAACCGUGAACCAAAAAGAGUUCUUCAAAGGGUUCUCUAACAGGGACAGCCAAAGAACCCUUUUAGGUUCUAGAUAUAACCUUUUUUUCUAAGAGUGUAUGAUUCUGUCUUGAACAACCAAUAUAAUGAAGUAGCAGGAUGGUAAGGUGUAGUCUACAAGUCUUAAAAUAUGCUCACUCACAAAGGCUGAUGUCCUUGCUUAAUCUGUGCUUUUGUAGCGAGAUCCUAAUAAAAUGAUCAUCAAUAAAGGAGUUUGUUCUCUGUC